CCUCUCUCUCUCUCUCGGCAUUCUCUCUCUGUCCUUGCUCUCACUCUCCUUCGGCUGGUCGAAGAGGUACCUUCCCUCCCUCCUGCCCUGUCUGGUGUCGUCGGCCGAUCGCCCCCCAUUCGCCGUCAUCAUCGCCGGCGUCAUCGCCUCGUUUCCCACAUUUCUCUCUGCUUGCCCUCAUCCCCCUGCUCGUCAUUGCUGCCCGCGCAAAACCCCGAUAGGGUUUAUUAGUUGAGGUUGAGGGUUUCUGUGGCAAAACCCUACCGUGUUGAGGUCUCUUUGAUCUCCUCCCAUUGCUGGCCCACAGAAUGUAGUAAUGAACUUGACAAAGGCGGCAGAUCCCAACUGGAAUGCGGAUGGAGUUGCUGGCGCGCCUACUGGGAAGAUGCCAUGACCCACCUACGGGAUGCUGUUUUAAAAUUCACAAGAAGGGCGGUGGACAUAGGAUGCUGGACUGGACCUACUUGAGCCCCAGUGAACCCAAUGGGUCCAAGGAAGGACGCAGGUGGCUGAGCGCAGAGCUGAUCCACCUCCGCCUUCAGUAUCCCGAGGCGGCGCAUCCAUAAUUCGAGCAUUCAUCCCCACGACGUGUUUUAAAAAACCGGGGAGGCAUCCUCGAUCCCUCGAGAACAAGCAAGACGGGAAUCCCAUUUCCCCACCCCCUCCCCCCUCUUCGUCGUCCCUCCCCCUUCUCCUUCUUCUCGCAUCGAUUGCCAUGGCCGUCCCUCAGCAGUCUUACCUCCAAACGAAGCCCUUCAGGAACCUAUUGAUGGAUGAGACUCAGAAUCAGAUUCCGACGCCAAUCACGUUCAUCGGACCGGCCUCCUUCACCGAUCACCCUCAAUACGUGCCUUCCUAUCAUUUUAUGGGGCCGCCGGUGGGUCAGGUACAUGCGGGCGCCGAGGGGGCGGACCAACAGCAGCAGCAGCUGUGGGGGAGGAACGCCAGGGAGAAGGAACUCUUCGAGAACUCGCAGAUAUCGUCCAUCGAUUUCCUUCAGCACCAAGGGUCGGUCUCCACGGGAUUGGGACUUGCACUGGACGAUCGAAAAUUGGCGUCGUCUGGGGAUUCUCCCCCGAUGCCGUUGGGCUUCUUUGAGCACGAGGUCAGCAUAGAGUUGCAGCGGCAGGAGGCGGAAAUUGAUCGGUUCCUGAAAAUACAGGGUGAGCGACUGAGGCAGGCAGUUGUGGAGAAGGUGCAAGCUCAGCAUCUCUCAAUAUUGUCGUUAAUCGAGGAACAAAUGCUUAGAAAGCUUCAAGAGCAAGAGGCUAAGGUGGAUGAGUUAAACCUGAAGAAUGCAGAUCUUGAGGAGAGGAUGAAACAAUUAAACAUUGAAGCUGCUGCCUGGCAACAUCAUGCAAAGUGCAACGAGUCGAUGAUUACAACGCUCAAGUAUAACAUACAGCAGGUUUAUGCACAAAGCAAGGAGUGUAAGGAAGGUUGUGGUGAUAGUGAGGUAAAUGAUGCUGCUUCUCGUUGCGAUGGUGGUCCUGAAGACAUGCACAUCCUGAUCUCCAAGGAGAAUAAAGAUUUGAAAGAACAUAUGAAUUGUAAGGUUUGCAGAGUAAAUAAGGUUUGUAUGCUUUUGUUGCCUUGUAGGCAUCUUUGCCUUUGCAAGGAUUGUGAGAGCAAGCUAAGUUUCUGUCCUUUGUGCCAGUCUUCUAAAUUUGUCGGUAUGGAGGUCUAUAUGUGAUUAGAUUCUGUACUAUACCUAAUCAAAUAUCCGAAUCACCAUCAGCCUAGCCUCCUUAGUUGUUUAAUGAUCACUGUUAGUUUUUGUUCUUUUAUGGUUCUUUA